CUUUAGAUAUACGUGUUUUUAGUUCUUUGCAGGAAUCUAGUUUUAAAUGCGUAUCAGAGAUUCUUAUUUGGUUCAUCAGUGAAUUGUAAAAUAAGUUAACGGAUUUUCUAUGAUUUUUCCGUGAAUGAUUUUUAAAAUUAAGUUUUUACGAACCAAGUUUUGAGACCAACGUCUUGGAGUAGUCGAAAGUUAAAAGUGACAGUAGGGAAAGCCUAAGGUCAAGAGGAGGAGAUAUUUGCAUCCCUACUUUGUAUCCAAUAUUUUGCUCGUUUCCCAAUUUCUGGCAUGGGUGCGACAUCUAGUGGUGAAGUAACUGAAUAGUAAGUUUGUUUUAAUUUAAAAGACCUAAUCAGCAAAUUGAAAUUGCUGAAAAUUGUUACUUAAAAGACAUUCUUGCCAGAUAUGGCGGCACAAAACAUAAUUCUGAGAAGAGGCAAAGAUCCGUGGAUGGAGAUUUAAUUUGAAAACAUUAUACCUUAUUAGUCUAAUAUCUAAAAGGAAAAUUUUAAAGUAUAAUGCAAAUUGUAGAAAGCAAAGUUUGAUAAUCUUGACUCCUAAGCAUGUACAAAAUGUGAUCGCAAGGGAACAUGUGUGAGAAUUAUCAAAAAAAGAAGUGUGAAGAGUUAAAUACUUUCUUCAGUGGAAUGAUCUAAUGAAGCACGGAGUUUGAAGAUGUCGCGAAGGCAUUCAGCCAGCCCUGGAGCAGGGAGUGCGGUGGCCUCACCUGUUGAGUUCAAGUACUCCAGCCUCCGAGAUUUUGGUUCCACAUCUUCUUGUGAAGACAGUGGCCAUCCUGAGUUGUCAAGAUCUCGCAGCUUUGAUAAUGCAGAUAAAGAAUUUUUUGGAAAGAAAGAAAAGGACCCAGUAUUAAUCCACAAACACUCUGAAAUUUCAGGCCUGGGCUCAGUAAGUUCCCUAGAGUCUCGUGCUCGAAGAAAAAAAUUCGUCUCUUCUAGGAAGGAAAAUGAUAAGACCCCAGAACUAUGUGAAACUCCUAAAAUUGGUGGGAGAAAAUCUUUACCACGUAGAAGGUUAGAUAUAUCUUUCUCUCUUCUAGAGAAAGACUUUGAAUCACAAAACAAUUCUCAAAGAAGUAUAAGUCAGGUUCUCAAUUUAGAAAAAAGUAUUCCUAACAGUGCUUUGGAUUUUCCAAGACAAAAUAACUUUAGCCCUUUGGUUACUAGCAGUAUAAGUUCAGAAGAAGUGACUUCUAGCAGUCAAACCUUAAGACUAAGUUUUUCUCAACACAAGACUUCCACGAUUGAUGAUUCCAAAGAUGAUUGUAGCCUAUUUGAAGUUCAAUGUAUAUCUCCAAUUCAGGGCAAUAAUUUUAAAGAUUCAAUCACACAUGACUUUAGCGAUAGUAGUUUAAGUGUUAGUGAUGAAAAUACGUAUCCUGAACUGGGCUCCUCUGGUAGUAGAACAGCCAUUAGCAGAGAUGAGGACAUAUUUGUGACUCCAGUAAGUAAUUUUGCAGCAAACAUUAAAUUUGCUCGAAGUCAAAGACUUUCUCCUUCAGUUGAGGUGAGAGGCAAUAUUUCCACUCCAGAAGACAGUGGUUUUAACUCACUGAGCUUGGAUAAGUCAGAAGAUUCCUUUUCUGAUCAGGAGGGUUCUUUUCAAGAACUAUUUCAGAAAUAUAAAGGGACUCGCAAUGUGGGAGACACCAUAAGAAGGUCAGGGUGUCUUGGAAGAUCAAGAAGACUGUCCACACUUCAGGAGCAAAGCUCACAGUCAGAGACAGAGGAGGAAAAGCACAUCAUCCACCCCAACUUUGAAACAAGUCCGGCAGCUGCGUCACACAUCUUGGAGAGUCAGCCGAGCACUGAUAAUACGAGUAGGGAUUUGACUUUAAACUUAUCAAACUUAUCAAAGACGCCAGCCUUGCAAUUAGUGCACGAACUCUUUAUGAAGAGCAAAAGGAAAAGAUUCCAGGGAAAGGAUACAGAUGAAUUCUUAGAAGAAAGGGAUGGGGGGAAAAUAGCUGUACUGCAAUGUGCUCUUGCUGGAUUGAUCGGAAAGAAGAUGGGUAUAGAACAAUUGGACAUUUUAUCAGAAUUAAAGUAUAGAAAUUUAAAGCAUAUCCUUACUAUGGUUUUAGAUUCCUUGACUGCAGAGAGCCUAUACAGUGUUUGGAAUGUCAGCAGAAAUUGGCGUGAAAUUGUCAUUCAAGAUAAAAAAGCAAAUCGGAGGAGGAAGCGUUAUAUCAUACAACUGAAAGCAGAUUCUGAGCGGGCUGUGUUAAAUGUUGAGGAUGCUGCCACUCGCCUCCAUCUUUUAAAUCGCUCGGCUUUAAGAUCAGUGCAAGCACAGGCUCGGACACCCAGUUCUCAGAAAGAGCAAAUCGCAAUUUUGUCUCCUUGGGGAGAAGUUUUGACACCUGUGGCAAGCUCUGCACUUAGCCACUCAGGCAGUAAACAGGAAGAAUAUGUUAAGGUCGCCAAGACACUUUUUAUUGAUGAGGCGCUGAAACCUUGCCCAAGGUGCCAAUCCCCUGCCAAGUACCAGCCCUAUAAGAAAAGGGGACUGUGUAGCCGCACAGCCUGCGGUUUUGACUUUUGUGUGCUGUGUCUGUGUGCUUAUCAUGGGUCUGAAGAAUGCAGCAAAGGAACAGCAAAGCCAAGGAAUAGAAAAGAUGCCCUCCCAGGAAGUGCCCAGAGUAAACGGAACUUAAGACGACUGUGAAGAGACUUCAAAGAAGUGCUUCUCUGUGAAGAGUUUUAUUUUUUUGACUUAAAAUUAUGACAUUUGAACACAUGCAAAUCUUCCCAUUAAUGAAAGAUAAUGAUUUGUUUCCUAUUUUGUAUAUAGUUAAUACAUGUUGUUGCUUGUUUUCCUUAAAGGGAUGAGUUUUGAAAAAAAUUUAUUUUACUAUGUCAUUUUUAUGCAUUUUAAUAACUUGGUGUUUUAAAUAAAGAAUUUUGAGUGUUGUCAUAUAUAUGUAUCUUACUGUUUCAUGUAACCUUUUAAAUUGUAUUUCAUCGCUAUGCAG